AUCGAUCAUAUCUACAAACACACACUGCAAAUUAAUUAGAACAAUGUCAAUCUUCAUUUACUUUCUCUUUACUAUUUCAACAAUAAUUGCAUCUGCUAGUAGUGCUUGUGAUAGAUGUCUGCAUCAAUCUAAAGCUGUUGCUUUCACCAAUGCUUCUGCUCUUUCAUAUGGAGCAUGUGGGUAUGGUUCAUCUGCUCCAAGCUUCUAUAAUGGCCAUCUUGCUGCUGCUAUUCCUAGCAUUUUCAAACUUGGGUCAGGUUGUGGUGCUUGUUUCCAGGUGAGGUGCAUGGAUGGUAAGUUGUGUUCAAAAGCUGGAACACAAGUGAUAGUGACUGAUUUGAAUGAUAAGAACACAAAGGCUGAGUUGGUGUUGAGCAGUAGAGCUUUAAUGGCAAUGGCUAACAAGGGUAUGGAGCAAAAUAUAUUAAAACUUGGUGCUGCCAAUGUGGAAUAUAAAAGGGUACCUUGUAAUUACAAAGGAAAGAACUUAGCUGUGAGGGUGGAAGAAUCAAGCAACAAGCCCAGUAGUUAUCUUGCCAUUAAGUUCUUGUAUCAAGGUGGCCAAACCGAGAUCGUGGCUGUUAAUGUUGCAAGGGUUGGUUCGACAAAUUGGGGCUUUCUUAGUAGAAAGUCAGGUGCUAUUUGGGACACAAGUCGAGUUCCAGCAGGAGCAUUGCAAUUUCGGUUGGUGGUGACCUCUGGAUAUGAUCGGAAAAGUAUUUGGGCCAAAAGUGUCCUCCCGGCUAAUUGGAACGCUGGAGUCGUGUAUGACUCUGGUGUCCAAAUCGAUGAUGUUGCUGAAGAAGGUUGCGGACAAUGUGAUUAAUAGAUUCGGAAAUAGUUCUCCAAAUUAAUGUCAUAGAGAGAUAUGUCAUUUGAGAAAACUCAUAUAUGUUGAUGUAGUAUCGAACCCAUUUUCUAUGGGGUAUAUCAUGCAUGUAUUAUCGUCUCAGAUUAUAUUAUAUAUCACAUAAAUUUUAGUA